UAUAUUUCCUUUUCUGCAGACUAUCUCGUUGCUGCGCCACGUUCAAUUUAUCGAACGUAAUAGCUGCAUACAAAUUUUGAAACUCUUAAAUCAGAAAACAACAAAAAAAACGUGCCAUAUUGUACAUCGAACGUUGUUCCGUUGCGAUAAUAUUUUCAAGGAUGUGGUAGAUCAUUAUAAUUUUAUCUUUGAAUUAAGUAUGUAAAGAUUAAUGUAAUGACUUGCAAUAUUAAUUAAACUUGUGUACGUUGUACAUAAGAGUUAUACAUAUAGCAACGUUGUCGGCGAAUUCCGUUCCUGGAAGAAUUUUUUCGUGCACGAUAGAUCAUUUUUAUUUAUUGAUCUAUCUUCGUUAAUUCGUCGGAUAAUACGCUUAAAUAAGUAGAAUCGUAACAAUGGCUCUGUCUAAACCGAUGGACUUAAUACUUCAACUUACUAGUGCUUAUUUCGAGCGUCUGUAUAACAGUCCAGUGAAAACAAAAGCAAUCACCAGCUGCAUUAUCGCAUCUCUAGGAAAUAUCGUGUCGCAAAAAAUUUCAGGGGCGAAAUUCGUCAAUGGGGAGAGUGUAGUUGUCUAUGGACUAUUUGGAUUAUUCUUUGGAGGCCCUAUCCCACAUUAUUUUUACCAAUUUAUACAUCCUAUCGUGAGGAAUCCUCUUUUACUUUUGUUGAUAGAAAGAUGCUUGUAUACGCCAUGUUAUCAAGCUUUAACAUUAUAUAUGUUAGCUCUCUUCGAGGGUAAUGCGAGCAAAGAUGCUGUGAAACAGAUGAAGAAAUUAUACUGGCCAGUACUCUCUGCAAAUUUAAAAUACUUAACAUUGCUACAGUUUAUAAACAUCAAAUAUGUACCACCAGUGUUACGCGUGUUAGUUGUAAAUUUGAUCGGCUUCCUAUGGGUUAUAUACCUCGCACAGCAAAGAUCGAGACAAGAGAAAAAGAAAGGAAUGAGAAAGUAAAAUUUAGUAAAGUAAGUUUAGCACUUUUGGGGCAACAAGUUGAACGGGACCACAUUUAUUUAAGGAAACAUAUUUUGUACGAAAAUAGUGUAUAUAUAAGUUAAUUCUAAUAUAAGGAUAAUUGUAUUCAUACAAAUGUUUUCAUAGAUUCUUUUAUAAUCUUAACGCUGAAACUGCCAAAAGUCUGUAAGUUUUGGGAAGACUGUGAAGAUCUUGUAUUUGGUGCUUGGUAGUUCUAGUGUUAAAUAACAUGAGAAAAUGUUGGGUUUAUAAAUAUCCAAAUAAUAAAUUAAAUACCAAAAAUAUUUUAGGGGAAAUGAUUCCAUUGUUUCAAGCUUUUUGAUUUAAUCACACAACAACAAUACAGAGUAUAUUACAGAUAUAA